GAGCACACACACGCACACACACACACACACACACACACACACACACACACACACACACAAGGAGCUGCGCCUCCCACACACACGCGCACCAACUCACACACAGCCAGACGAAGAGAAGGAAAGUGGAUGAGUGCACCACAUCAGUCUACGGGUGCAAUACAACAUCGAAGUCCUAAUGCUUUCUUCGAGGCUUUCUUCUAUAUGCGUUUUGCUUGAACUCUAUGCACAACUAUAAGGAAUUAACAUGCUUUAAUUUUAACUAAACAAUUCACCAGCCAGUUUUCUCUGCGCGUGGAAUAAGUUUGUCGCGGCUUCAAAGAUGGGAACAACUAAAUACUCUGAAAGGAAUGUUCUAUUUUGCAAGACGCUCCUGAAACUCAUACUUUUGGUGGCCGUGGCGCACAAUGUUUCAGGUAAGACUUUAAAAUAUAGAGUUUUAGAGGAGCAGAGAGUUGGCACGGUGAUCGCAAGACUGAAAGAGGACGUAGCCGGCAUCCUAUCCAAACUCCCGAGCUCCGUGUCCCCGCGGUUCCGCGCGAUGCAGAUGGGCAGCACUCCGCAACUUUCCUUGCGCGAGGAGGACGGCGAGAUCAGUAUCGCGACCAAAAUAGACCGGGAGAAGCUCUGCGAGAAAAACUUGAACUGCACUAUCGAGUUCGACGUGAUCACUCUUCCCACGGAAUACCUCCAUUUGUUUCAUAUUCAAGUGGAAGUGCUGGACAUCAAUGACAAUGCGCCGCAGUUCUCGCGCGCCAUCAUCCCCAUAGAGAUCUCUGAGAGCGCAUCGGUGGGCACGCGCUUUCCUUUGGACAGCGCUGUGGACCCGGACGUCGGAGAAAACGCGCUACACACGUACUCGCUCACACGUAAUAACUUUUUCAAAAUCGAUAUCAGGACGCGCACGGAUGGCGCGCGGUACGCGGACCUUGUUGUGAUGAGGGAACUGGACAGGGAGACACAGUCCAGCUACCAGCUGCAGCUCACAGCCUCAGACUCUGGCGUACCGCCAAAAUCUGGCUCAACUCUGCUUAAAAUCAGCAUUUCCGAUUCCAACGAUAAUAGCCCAGCGUUUGACGAGCAGGCUUAUGUGGUCAAUCUACUGGAAAAUUCAGCACUGGGGACACUGCUGGUGGACCUAAACGCCACAGACCCGGAUGAAGGCAAUAACGGCAAAAUAGUGUACUCUUUCAGUAGUCAUGUGCCACCAAAAAUCCUGGAGACCUUUAAAAUUAACCCAGAAAAUGGCCACAUCACUCUGAUUAAGAAAGUUGACUAUGAGACCACUUCAUCAUACGAGAUAGAUGUCCAGGCUCAGGAUAUGGGUCCAAAUUCCAUUCCAGGCCACUGUAAGAUAAUCAUCAAAGUGGUUGAUGUCAACGAUAACAAGCCAAAAAUCAACAUCAACCUUAUGACCCAGGGCAAAGAGGAGGUGGCCUACAUCUCGGAGGCAUCCCCUGUUGAUACUUUUAUCGCAUUAGUGCGUGUGGAUGACAGCGACUCAGGUCUAAAUGGAGAGGUUGUGUGCCGACUCCAUGGCCAUGGGCACUUUCGCUUGCAGAAGACCUAUGAGAACAACUACAUGAUUCUUACUAAUGUAUCUCUGGACCGUGAAAAACGCUCUGAGUAUAGCUUGACGGUGAUUGCGGAAGACCGUGGCUCACCAAGUCUAUCCACCAUCAAACACUUCACAGUGCAGGUGCAGGAUGAAAAUGACAACCCCCCACGCUUUGAAAAGAGCCGGUAUGAAAUCUUCAAGUCGGAAAACAAUUCGCCUGGAGCAUACCUGACCUCAGUGGUGGCCACCGAUCCAGAUUUGGGCUCUAAUGGACAGGUGACCUACUCCAUUGUGGAGAGCCAGGUUCAAGGAAGCUCCAUUUCAACAUAUGUGACAAUUGACCCAUCCAACGGGGCUGUGUAUGCGCUCCGGAGCUUUGAUCGAGAGGAAGUGGGCCAGCUCUUGUUUACUGUGCAGGCUCGGGACGGUGGGGACCCUUAUCCUUUGAGCAGCAAUGCCACCGUUCUGCUCACUGUAUUAGAUGAAAAUGACAACCCGCCCAUCAUUGUUUCUCCAUUGCUGAGCAACCACACUGCUGAGGUGCCACUAUGGAGGCAUGCUGAGCCUGGUCAUCUGAUAACAAUUAUCAAGGCAACAGAUCGUGAUGCUGGGGCCAACAGUGAGCUGACUUGCUCCAUCAUUGGUGGUAAUGAUGACGCACUUUUUGUCUUUGACCAACGAAGAUGUGAGUUACGCACCAAUGGAAGUGUUGAGGCCACAGGCCAUGAGAGAUUUGAUCUUGCAAUCCUGGUGCAAGACAGAGGAGCCUCUACUCGGCUUUCAGCAAGGGCCAUUCUCCAUAUUAGCCUGAAGGACUAUCCAGAGAGUUACUCACUAAACCCUUCAGACCUAAACAACAAAUCUACAUUAGAUGUUUCAAUGAUCAUCAUCAUCUCCCUUGGUGCCAUCUGUGGUGUGCUUCUCAUCGUUAUGGUGAUGUUUGCCACCCGGUGCUCAAGAGAGCAGAAGGACCCCAGACAUUCCUACAACUGCAGAGUGGCUGAGUCCACCUACCAAAACCACCCCAAAAAACCUGCCCGGCAAAUCCACAAGGGAGACAUCACAUUGGUCCCUACAGUUAACGGGACCCUUCCUGUGAGGGCUCACCCCCGCUCCCCUUCAGCCUCACCUGCGCCAGAGAGCCGCCAGAGCCACCACAGCCACCAGUCACUCAACAGCCUGGUCACCAUCUCCUCCAAUCAUGUGCCAGAGAACUUUUCUCUCGGACUAGCCCAUGCCACGCCACCUGUGGAGCAAGUCUCACAGCUUCUGUCCAUACUUCAUCAGGGCCAGUACCAACCCAGACCCAGUUUCCGUGGCAACAAAUACACCCGGAGCUACAGGUAUGCUUUAAAUGAGAUGGAUAAAUUCAGCCUGAAGGACAGUGGAAGAGGGGAUAGUGAGGCAGGAGACAGCGAUUGUGAGAUGGGUAGGGAGUCCCCUCUGCUUGGAGAAGGCUUCAGUGAACUCUUUACCCCUGAUGGACAUCACCGACUGCAUCCAGCAAUGAAGCUGUGCACCGAAGAGUGUCGUGUCCUCGGUCACUCGGACCAAUGCUGGAUGCCUCCGCUGCCUUCCCCAGCAUCCUCUGAUUACCGUAGCAACCUCUACAUCCCCGGAGAGGACCCCCAGCAGAAAACUGCCCCAGAAGCACCACAGUCUGGAGAGUCAACAUUAAGGAAAAAGAGUUUCUCCACCUUUGGCAAGGAAAGCGAGGAGGGAGAGGGGGAAGCAGGUGAUGGGGAAGACCUGUGUGGAACAACAUCUCUGCUGUCUGAAAUGAACAGCGUGUUCCAAAGGCUCCUCCCCUCUUCGCUGGACACUUAUAGUGAGACCAGUGAAACUGAAAAGCCAUUGGUCUGUGCUGCAGGUGUGGGAUCCCUGGAAAGAAGGAAAGGUCACCUGCCUGGCAAACCAAACUCUGCCACCUACCAACAGGGUGUCGCCGUUUGGGCCGCUAAUACGCAUUUCCAAAAUCCUGGACAUGGUCAUGCCCCUGCUAGUCACAUUACGGCACUGGUGGCUCCGCUUCCCGCCCCUCUGCCAGCUCCCAUGUCAACAUCAGCUUCCUCCUCAAAAUGGCUGCCUGCAAUGGAGGAAAUCCCAGAGAAUCACGAGGAAGAUGAGUUAGAGUCUGUGCUGAGUCAUCUGCAUGGAAAGCGCUGUGACAGUCGUAGCGAAAUUAUGGACGCCAGUGAGCUCGUAGCAGAGAUCAACAAACUCCUUCAAGAUGUUAGGCAGAGCUAAAGACUGAAAUCUCUCUCUCUCUCUCUCUGUCUCUCUCUCUCUCUCUCUCUCUACAAUAAAAGAAAAAAAAUUAGAUGAGAGGAAAAAAUUGUAAAUGAUAUGAAAACAAAAACAGAAAAACACAGAGACAUGCAAUUGUCAUUAAAGUUGCAUUUCUGGAUGUAAUGUGUUUUGUGAAUGCUAAUUAUCCAAAUUAUGUUUGUAUUUUCUGGUUUUUGGCCACAGUGUACACAUAAUGUGAGUGUAUUUAUCUUUGUAUUUUGAAAAUACUAUUUGUAGUCUUUAUAUUUAUAUAAGUGUAUAUACAUAAGUUUAAAAAAAUGUACAUAAAGCUAUCAGAUUUCUAUUUUUAUAUAUGCAUGUUGGGAAAAUAAUCAAGAUCAACAUGCCUUGGUGUACAUAUUCUUAUUUAUGAAAACAAAACAAAAACAACAACAACAACAAAGUUUUUGUUUCCUUUUUUCAAUGGUAUUGUUAUAUAUGAGCAUAAUAUAAGUACAUGAAUAUGAUUGAAUAUGUGUUAUUUGGUGGGGUGGGACAGGUUACUGAAAGCAUGUUUUGGGGUUGGGAGCGGUAUUUAUAAUGUGUAUUCUUUGUGUCAAGUGCUGAUUUACUUUAAACAAAUGGCAAAAAUAAAGAGAACUGCAGAUAUGUCACAUA